AAUGCUCAGUCUAAAAGAAAUAACUCUAAAUUAUAUCGAUAAGGAGAUGAAAAGCGUCUUUGAAGCUUUUCGUUCAAAGAAUAAGCGUCUACCAUCCCAAUUUAUAAACAUUAAAUUCGACGCCGACAAUAUUAAACAUGAAUACGAUUUGGAAUUUUUGGCGGGACAUCCUUUUGAAACUUUUAAAAUGUUCAAUUACAGAAAAUUGAACAUUGAAGUUUUGAUGAAUAUUUUAAAGCAUAGACAUGAACAUCUUAGAGAGCUUACAAUUGCUAAUAGCAACUUUACUUACUUUUUCGACUCGGGUAGAAGACUACAUUCAACAGAUGGAAUUCGUCUUAUAACAGCAUUUAAGAACAUAAGAAAGUUAAAUCUAAGCUAUACAGAUUUGAAUUGUAAAGGUUUUGAGCACUUGUGCAAUAAUCUUAUUCAUUUGGAAAAGUUGAAUAUUUCUGGUACGGAAGUCUUAAAACUGGGUCCAAUUGUUAAAUUGAGAAAUUUACUUUCGUUUAAAUACUACGAUAAGCUUGGAUCUUUUGAUUAUAGAGAGAUUAAUUACCUAAGAUUUCUACAUAAGUUGGAAGGAAUUUAUCUUACCGAUAAAUGCAACGUAUUCUAUCCGGAGAAGAAUAAAUUCUGUAGACACGUGUUUCAUCAUUUUUAUUGGCCUAAUUUAAAGUAUUUUGCCAUCUUUAUAAGUCGAGAAAUUACAAGGCAAAGCAUUAGAAGUUUUCUUAUUAGACAUCCCAAGUUGGUUUUUUUCAAAGUUCAUGAAUAUCUUGCAGGAGAGAGAAUUGAUUUUUCAGAUCUUUCUCCAGUAGUUUUCCCAAGAUUUGCAAAAAGGUUCAAUUCAAAUUGCUUGAACGAAGAACUGGAAAUUUUACAAAGCCCUCAAGCUUGUGCCGAUGAUUUCAACGGCUUGUUAAGUUGUCUCUAUAAUCAAUUAAAUCAUGAAAAUGAUGGUGUGAGGAGUUCUUUUAUGGAAACAUUAAAAUUGGAUUUACUCCUUAAGAUCAUAGGCUUGAAAAUUGAAAGUUGUCAAGUUAGGACCGCAUUUUCGGUGUCUAGUACUGUUGAUUUACAACCUCUAGAGAUGAUGUUCUCGCUUCUAAGCUGGAUUAAGUACUCCCCAAAGGAGCAAUUAGAGUGGAUACAGACUUGUAAUUCGAUAUUUGACAUUUUGCCAUUAAUAGAUUUUUCAAACGACAAUCAGUGUAAGAUAUUGUUUUAUUUGGAUAAAAUCAUUGAUAAAUGUUAUCAUCUUUUAAAUUUGGUUAUUGAUAAAGUUGAACUAGGAAUGGCGUUACUACGUUUGUCAAGUAAAAUUGAAAGAUCGAAUCUAGAACCAUUUCUUACUUUGAAAAGAAUGAAUUCAAGCUCAGUCUUUAAAUUUAUAAGUCCAGACGAAAUAUUUCAGAUAAUUAACAUUCUUAAGAAACUAAUCAAAAAGUUUCCAAGAGGAGAAGAUUCUUUCCAAUUUUCCAGGUCUUAUCCCUAUUCUAAGGGUUUAUUUGAAAUUUGUUCAUCUAUACUAUCGCAGAACGUCGAUCACGAGAUUGAACAGAUUCGAGUAGAGAUUAACGAAAGAUUAACUCUUCUUGCAAUAUGGAAAGACACCGAAGAAGUAUUUGAACAUUAUAUUAGGAGAAGAGGAAGAAUUCCUUAUCAAAUAUCUCAGAUGGUUUUUAAUUAUUUCGCUGAGAAAUCCUGCGUAUCUAACGAUUCUGUAUGUAAGCUUUUUAAUAAGAAUAUAACCGAGUUAUCCAACAUAAAGAUUGAUGGACGCCGUAUGUCAAAUUUGAAAUGUAAACAAUUUUUAGAAGGUCAUCAUAAUUUGGAAAAGUUGGAAUUGCGCUGUUUGAAUAGAUUUAGAUUUGAAGAUAUAUUAAUAAGCGUAAAGAAUGCGAAUCUUAAUGAAUUAACCAUAUCGGAAUGCGAUGAAAUCUAUCAAUUCUGUACUAACAACGAAUUCUAUUAUAAUAUUGAAAAGUUAUUAAUUAAUUAUAGUAAUUUGAUUAAAUUGAAUCUAAGCUCUUCGUACAUAGAUUAUAAAGUGUUGGAGCUUAUUGCUCCAAAUUUAAAUCAUCUGGUAGAAUUAGAUAUUUCUCAAACAUUCGUCAUGUUUCUAUGGCCUUUGAGAUCUUUGCGAAAAUUGGAAAUACUUAAAUACAAUCUAAAAGAUGAAAGGUUUUGUUAUAAUGAAAUCUAUCAUUUGACAAAGAUUCCUUCGCUAAAAGAAAUCUCUCUAUACGAUAAUAAAGUUUGUCUAUUAGAUUUUAGAAAAGGUUUUCUAAAGGAUCUUUUUCGCGGUGUUUAUUGGAAGAAUUUGGAAUAUUUUAGCAUUAGAGGAUUCUGGGAUAUGGAUAGAGAAACUAUCAAUAAGAUUCUAUCGAAUCAUCCAAAGCUUAAAGUCUUUAAGAUAAUGUUGUACAAGUUUCCUUUAAGUAAUGUUUUCAAUACUGGAGGACCGCAAAUUGACUUUUCCGAUAUUUCACCAAAAAUAUAUCCAAGAUGUUUAAAGGAUAUAAACAACGUCGAUAUUGUAUACGAAAUGAAAUUAUUACAACAUUCAAAAUUAACAAUUGACGACCUAUCUUGGUUUUAUUUCUUUCUUACGAAAAGAAUGGAAGGUUCGACAAAACAACAACUAGUUACUUUCUUUAGUUUUGUCGAUAUGGACAAUUUAAUUGUGAUUCUUGAACGAACAACCGAUACUAUUGACUAUCUAUUUUCUCAAAGAUCGUCUGAUCACUACGUACUAUUUGUCUACUUAUCCGAUAUAGCAACGGUCUUUGAUUGGAUUGAAAUCUCCUUAGAUGGUCAUAAUAUAGAAUAUAAAAUGAAAAUAACUGACUUAGUUUGCACUAUUAUUUAUAAAUUUGAUCAUAUCUUUCAACAUACUGAUAACGCUGAUCGAUUGGAAAGAUUUUACAGGAUUAUUUCAAGAAACUACGACCUAUUACAUAUGAUUACUAAUAAAACUAAAUUGGGUAGAAUAUUACUUUGCGGAUUAACAAUGAAUAUUCAAGUGAAUAGAGAAAUUAUUCAUAUUUUAUCUAAAAUGUACGAUGAAAGAAUUUUCGACGAGCUUGACGAUAAAGAGUUUAAGAACACUUUAGAAUGCCUUAAAAAAUUCUCAUCUUUACAUUUGAAAUAUGGUAACGACAUGUUCUCCAGAGUUUAUACGCAAUUUUCACCAUCGUUUCUAUUGUUAUGGUUAUCAAUUUUAAAAGUUAACCUUAAAGGAAAAUCUGUAGAUGCUCAUGUCGAUAUUUCGAAUUUGGAGAAAUAUUUCAUGUCAAGUCUACGAACGUAUUGAUUAUACAUCUUUUUGCUGUUAUUACUGCAAUAAUAACUUAUUAUAAUUGCUGUUGUUUUAUAGGCUUAAGCACACAGUCAUUUUUUUUGUUGUCCUAAUAGAGACGAUUCACAGUAAAAAUACAAAAAAAAUAAAUUGAACU